AUGUGCUCCAGAGCAGCGUGUGCACAGCUGUGGUCAGUGAGCGGUCACACAGAGCUGAUAAAAGUCUUGAGAACUGAACUUUGGUCUGAUCAAACUCCUGUCAGCCGCUCCACUCCCUCUUUCCAGGAAAACACACCAAAAGAUCAUGAGGCGCCUGUGGGCUGUGUUCAAAGCCCACCCGUACAUUGGGAACGUUCUGGGCUACACCACGCUGUUUGCCUCCGCAGACCUGAUUCAGCAGAGUGUGCUGAGCGACCGGCCGGUGUCUACCUCCACAACAGAGGAGACCAGAGCUGUGGGUGAAAAGGCCAUAAGUGACACAAAGACCCCUGGCAUAGACUGGCAUCAGACGGCACGAGUAGCGACUGUGGGUUUUUGUUUUCAUGCAAACUUCAAUUACCACUGGCUCAAAGCGCUGGAGAGGAUGCUGCCCGGGGGAGGAGCCAAGAUGGUGACUGCAAAAGUGGUACUGGAUCAGCUCAUCGCGGCUCCUCUCACCAUCAGCGCCUUUUAUAUCGGUUUGAGUUUUUUGGAAGACAAAGAAGAUCCGCUUGAAGACUGGAGACAAAAAUUCUUGACGUCGUACAAGGCUGGUGUUGUGUAUUGGUCUACAAUGCAGGCAAUAAACUUCUCGCUGGUUCCUCCGGUGGCUCGCACUGUGUUUCUUGGAGGAAUUGCUCUGACUUUCACCGUCUUUUUGUGUCACAUGAAACGACAAGGAAAGCACAGCCAGUGAAUUGUCUACCUGUGUAUAGUUUAUCUGUUUGUUUUGUUUAUUUUAAUGUGUUUAUA